AUGUCUGAAGAAACUAACACGACAGACGAUGAGUGGGAUAUUGACAAAACAACAAAAUGUGUUGCUUCAUUAUCUUUACGAAAGCAUUCUUUUAGUACAAAAAUAACAAGAAAACGCAAAUUAUUUUCUAAUAAACAUGUUACAACUGGUGAAAAUAGUGGAUGUCAAAAUGAAGGAGAUAAUUGUAAGGAUGAAGAACCAAUUGAAAAAAUACAUAAAUCAGCAACAUUAAAAAUGCCUAUGAAAUUAAAUGGUGAAUCAACAUCCUAUUUUGAUAUGCAUAAAAAAAGUUUUUUUGACAACGAGUAUUUUAUGGAUGUUGAUAAGCCAUUAGAUUAUGAUUCAGAAAUUUAUCUCACUGAAUAUGAAGGUGAUGCAGAUAGUGAGGAUAUUUUAUCAAAAUAUCCAGUCUCAAAAAAACGAUUUAGGAAGACGGCAUACAUGGUUGAUUAUGAAUCAAGAAAUCACAAGCAUAUACCAGAAGUUCCACGAUCUUUUACAGAAGUCAGACAAGCGUCAUACCAGAAAAAGUUAAUUUAUUUUUUACAAUUUGAUGAAGAUGAUAUUCUUAUACUACCAAGGGAUGCUAAACCGGCGUUGACAAAAAUUUUAACUAAUAAUAUGGCAAAAAGACAACUUAAUGUUAAAUUAAGUGAUAAUCAUUAUAUUAUUACAAAAACAGAGAGUUGUAAACCAAUAUCAAGUUGA